CAAAAAAUCCAACAUGGCUCCGUCAAUGCUGUCGGCAGUCGGACUGGUCUUAGGCCUCAGUUGUUGCUUAGGAGUUCCCGUGCCUCAUGAGGACGACUCUGACUUCACGCACAAUGAUCUACGAUUUGCUGAGAAAUACCUGAAUACCCUGUAUAGCUCUGCAGCAAACCCCACCGGAAUUCUGAGAUACAAAGGUCCCAAGAGCGUGGAAACCAAGCUCAAGGAAAUGCAGUCGUUCUUUGGUCUGGAGGUGACGGGCAAACUAGACGAAGACACUUUAGAUAUUAUGAAGCAACCCCGUUGUGGUGUCCCCGAUAUUGGGCAAUAUAAUUUCUUUCCAAGGAAAUUGAAGUGGCCAAGAUUUAAUCUCACAUACAGGAUUGUGAACUACACCCCCGAUUUAGCUCACACAGACGUGGACAGAGCAAUCAAAAAGGCACUUAAGGUUUGGAGCGACGUGACCCCCUUAAACUUCACCAGACUACGCACAGGCACAGCUGACAUCAUGGUUUCUUUCGGGAAGAAAGAACAUGGCGACUACUACCCGUUUGAUGGCCCAAACGGUCUGUUGGCACAUGCUUUUCCCCCUGGGGACAAAAUCGGAGGUGACACCCAUUUUGACGAUGAUGAGUUUUUCACAAACGACUUCAAAGGUUAUAACCUUUUCAUUGUUGCUGCUCACGAAUUUGGCCAUGCCUUGGGCCUUGAUCAUUCUAGAGACCCAGGAUCCCUGAUGUAUCCGGUAUACACAUACACAGAAACAAAUAACUUUGUUCUUCCUGACGAUGACGUCCAAGGAAUUCAAGCUCUGUAUGGAUCUGGAAACAGAGACCCGCAUCCAAAGCAUCCAAAAACUCCAGAAAAAUGUGACCCUGAACUGAGCAUUGAUGCAGUAACAGAACUCAGAGGGGAAAAGAUGAUCUUCAAAGACAGGUUCUUCUGGCGUCUGCACCCACAGAUGAUCGAAGCAGAAUUAGUGCUCACUAAAUCCUUCUGGCCAGAACUUCCAAAUAAAAUCGAUGCUGCAUAUGAAUAUUCACAGAAGGAUCUCAUAUACAUAUUUAAAGGAAAGAAAUUCUGGGCUUUAAAUGGAUAUGAUAUACUGGAUGAUUACCCAAAGAAACUACAUGAGCUUGGGUUUCCAAAAUCCCUAAAAUCAAUCGAUGCAGCUGUUCAUAACAACGCCAAUGGAAAAACUCUCUUUUUCACAGGAGACAAGUACUGGAGUUUUGAUGAAGAAAAUAUGAGUUUAGAAAAAGGCUACCCAAGAUUUAUAGCUGAUGAUUUUCCAGGAAUUGGAGAAAAAGUAGAUGCUGCUUACCAAAGAAAUGGUUAUAUCUACUUUUUCAAUGGACCUCUACAAUUUGAAUACAGCAUUUGGAGCAGAAAACUGACUCGUGUGCUGAAGACGAACUCUAUCCUGUGGUGCUAAUCCUGUGAAUCCACACUGUCCUCGAUAUGCGACUGUUGAGCAGUCGAUUGAAACAUUAUGACUAUGACCAGUAAUAUGGUUUCUCUCUGUGUUUAGAAUAUAGCGCAGGUUAGCUACAAAGAAGAAUAUAUGUGGGUUCUGGGUUCUCUCCUUCUAAUUGAUCUUUUGGAUCUAAAUAAUGUAGACAUAGCACCACAGCACUUCAGCAAGAUAUGACCAUAGGGCAAAGAACAUUUGGCAUAUCAGUGUUAGCAAAAUGUACCAAAAUGUUUAGUAUUCUGUAUACUAAGUAAAGCAGAUAUCUGUCGUUGUUAAUUAUCCCUAGGAAUGUAGGUUGGCAAAAAAAUACUUGUGCAUUACUUUGUACCCAAAAACAUUAACUAUGAUAAGAUAGAGCAAAUUACAAGAUAAGAUAGUGUGAUAAAUUUAGUCCAAUAAGCAAAUGUUUUCAUGCAGAGGAUGGAAUUUUAAUUUAGUACACCAGAGUUUCAUUAUAUCGACAUUCAGCAAAAAAAUCUUAAGAGAACUGACUAUUUUUGUCAAACACCAUAAUAUUAUGGUAUAGAAUGAACCUGUAAUAUCUAGAUGGUAUUUAUGUUAAAUUAAUCAGUACUUUAAAACAUUUCACCAUAACUCCUCGUUUUCCCAUGGUAUCCAGCAGCCAUUAUGUUUACAUUUCCCAUGUGAUCUUAAACAACAAUGGGGAAUGUUUUUCAGUAUUACCAAAAAAAGUAUAGUGAAAUAUUUCAAUUUCUAUGUUGUUAAACCAAAUGAUUGCUUAAAAAAGCACAUUUUUCUUGUAUAAAUUUACCUGGGUACUCGUUACCUCUUGUGGCCAUGUUUGGA